UAUUUUUUUGUGAAGAAUCUGUAGACUUGACAACCCUGCUGCUGUGACUUUGUGAGGUUAUGGUGUUUUGAAUUUUGACGUUUUUGUGGAAAGAUUUUAGGUUUCCUCAUUUUCUGAAAAUCUAAUCUCUAAUAAACCGAAUAGAAUUUGAAGAAUCUAAUUCAGUUAUGUACAUAGAUAACUUCAACUAUGUAUUAUCAAACAUAUUUCAUUGUGGACGUCGGAUUUAAUCUGCAAAAAGUACAAUCAAUUGGUUUUAUUUCUACCUAAUUAUGUUCCUUUGAAAAUCAUGAGUGAGAAGCUCAAAGUUUUGGUGUGUGGAGAUGUGGAAGGCAAAUUCGAUAGCUUGUUCAAAAGGGUAGAUUCAAUAAUGAAAAAAUCUGGACCUUUUGACAGUUUGUUGUGUGUUGGAAACUUCUUUGGCAUCAAUAAUAAGGAAUUCAUCCCCUAUAAGUUAGGAGAUAAGAAGGUUCCCCUGCCAACUUACAUUCUGGGUCCAAAUGAAGAUUACCAUGUUAAAGAAUACCCUUCAGACCAAGCAGAAUUUGAGCUAUGCCCUAAUGUUUAUUAUCUUGGUAAACGUGGAUUGUAUACUGAUAGUAAUGGCCUGAAAAUUGCCUAUAUCAGUGGUGUAUCUGGAACAAACACUUCUGGCUCAUGGACCUUUUCUGAAAAAGAUGUAACUGAACUUUGUGAUGCUUGUCUUAGAGGCAAUCCCACCUUCAGAGGUGUAGAUUUCUUACUGUCAUCUCAAUGGCCUUCAAAUAUAACCUCAGAAACAUCUAAAAAGAUCUCAUUAUCUAAAAAUGCUACAAGUGAUCUUCCUGCUUAUUUAUGCAUGAGAUUGAAACCAAGAUAUGUAAUCAGUGGUCUUGAAGGUGUAUUCUAUGAAAGACCACCAUUCAGAUGCCCAAGUUUAGGUGACCAUGAUACAACUCUUGAAAGUGUUACAAGAUUCUUAGGAUUAGCUAGAGUAGGAAAUUCAGAUAAAGAAAAAUGGAUUUAUGCACUUAGCUUGACUCCCCUAGAUAAAAUGAAAUUGAGUGAAUUGCUCCAGAAGAGUACUGAUGAAACUCCUUGUCCAUUCAAUUUUCAAGAUUUGGAAAGUAAAAUUUUCAGGAAUAAGAGAAAAUCUUCCACCCCUCUGCAGUAUUUUUAUGAUAUGAAUAUUCCUGAGGAUGAAAAUACUAGAAAAAAGCAUAAAAAGCCCAAAAUUGAUUUUGAUCAAAGUAAAUGUUGGUUUUGUCUUGCUAGCCCUUCAGUAGAAAAGCACCUGAUCAUUUGUGUAGGCACUACAGCCUACUUAGCAUUGGCUAAAGGUGCUCUAGUAGAUGAACACUUUUUGAUAUGCCCAAUAGAACAUUACCAGAACAGUAUAGGGCAGCCAGCUGAGGUGUUGAAUGAGAUAAAACAAUUUAAAGAUGCCCUCAAAGAAUUUUAUGCAAGAAAUGGAAAGGUUCCCAUAUUUUUUGAGAGGAAUUAUAAAACAUCUCAUAUGCAACUUCAGGCAGUACCUAUCCCAAAGAAUGCCACCAGGGAAUUGAAAGACAUAUUUAUUGACGAAUCUGAAAGUCAGGGUUUCAAAUUGGAAAUUUUAGAUUCCCACAAUCGAUUAGACCAAGUUUUGCCGCCUAAAGUACCUUAUUUCACAGUUGAAUUGCCAGAUAGUAUGGUGUUAUAUACAAAGAUUCAGGGAAACACCAAUUUUCCUCUGAACUUUGCUAGAGAAGUUCUUGCAUCAGGUCCUGUUCUGAAUAUGCCUGAGAGAGUUGAAUGGAAGGAGUGUUUGAUGGAUAGAAAAAUGGAAGAAAACUUGAUACAGCAGCUGAGGAGUGAUUUUGAACCGUUCGAUUUCACUAUAUGGAGAUAUACCAAACAUGUACUCUAUGACCAGGUAGAGUCAUCUUCAAUGAUAUACAGUGCUCGCCAACAGCCGUGGAACUACACACAUGUCCGGAAAAUAUCAAGAGAGAUAUUCUUGAAAAUCACUUCGGAUUCGAAAACAGGACGUUCAAUUCACUAACUUCCCAUAUUUUGACGCAUCAUUAACGGUAACGAUUUUCUUCAUACUAUUAACGAAUUCAUUGAGUCAUAAUUCAUUUCAAUGACACCCAUAAUGAUUUCUGCUCCAUUGGAACACAUCUGAUGACAAUCUAUUCGAUUGUAAUAGUUCUGAUUGUUAUUUCAUUAUCCCUGAUGAAAACUGACUUUAUGAUUAUCAAUUUCAUAUUCCGAUAUGAUGCAUUUUUCCUCCUGGAAUGUCGGUGUUUCUGUGGCUACUGGUGAGCAGUGUAUCAUUGAAGAUUAUUCUACUUGAACAUUGGUCUCUUUCUUGAUCCCAAGAAUUUUAGAAUCCUACAUCAAUAAUUACGUAAGAUGCUGGAGUGCUUCCAUGAAAAGUGAGACGAAAUUUAUUAUUUCAGAACUGAAAAUGUUUCAGGAGUAUGAGUAGGUACUUAGUGAAUUAGACGUUUUGCUUUCUGCUCUCGAACACGAAGUGAUUUCCAACCUAUCUUGUCUGCUAUGAUUAGACAUUGCUGUGAGCAGUAAUGGUAAUUUCAAUGGGUAAUUGACUGUUCUUUGGAAUAUUUCUUGCUUCUGUAGAAUAUUGCAAAAAUAUUUUUCUAGUGUUGAGUAGAUUAGAUACUAAUCAGAUAUCAUUCUGUAGCUGAACAGAAAUAGUUAUUCCAUGCAUGAAGAGAAAACAAAAUUUUUUGUAAUUAUCUACUACUGAAGAAGAUGAAAAAUUACUAUGCAAACUUCUAUUUUGGGUCAAAUAUCUCGAUAACUGUUCAUUUUAGCUCAGUUGAAGGUGAAACACUUUUUCAACAUAAUUGAACAAUCAAUUCGAGAAAUUAGAAAUAAUUGAAAUUUCAUCAGUGGCGUAGAAAAUAUGGGCGGAAAAGUUA